AUGCCUCAGAAGCGCGCUCUGGAAGACUAUCCCCUGGCUGCGAAAGGGCCAUUGGAAUGUGCUUUAGAGGGGAGAGCACUUCUUAAUUCUUCGUUCUUCAAUAAAGGGUCUGCAUUUACAGUCCAAGAGCGUAAGGAUUUUGGACUUGAAGGGAUGCUGCCAGCCGCCGUUCAUACACUUGAGGAACAAGUUGAGAGAGCCUAUGGACAAUAUUCUUCUCGCGAUAGCCCGCUUGCGAAGAACUCUUUCAUGACUAGUAUGAAGUACCAGAAUGAUGUUCUAUACUACAAGCUUAUCGAAACGCAUAUCAAAGAAAUGUUCAGCGUGAUAUACACGCCCACCGAGGGGGACGCAAUCGAAAACUACUCUCGCCUAUUCCGUAGACCUGAUGGCUGCUUUCUCAAUAUACUCGAAAAGGAUAACAUAGGGUCGAUACUCAGCAAAUUCGGCAAGGAGGAAGAUAUUGACUACAUCGUUGUUUCUGAUGGCGAGGAGAUUUUAGGUAUUGGGGAUCAAGGUGUAGGCGGGAUUGGCAUUAGUACCGCAAAGUUAGUAUUGAUGACGCUUUGUGCAGGGGUACAUCCAAAUCGUACACUUCCAAUAGUUUUAGACUGUGGUACAAAUAACAAAGCCCUUAUCGAAGACGAACUCUACCUCGGCCUUCGCCAGCCCCGGGUUCGGGGCGCAGAAUACGACGAAUUCAUAGAAACCUUUGUCCAGGCAGUCAAGAAACAGUUCCCAAAGGCCAUGCUUCACUUUGAAGACUUUGGACUCCAGAAUGCUAGGAGACUGUUGGAGCAAUACCGGCCGCAACUGACAUGUUUUAAUGACGAUGUGCAGGGGACGGGGGUAGUCACUAUGGCGGCUAUCAUGGCAGCUGCGAAGGUUGCGAAAAUGGAGGUUAAGGAUUUGAGAGUGGUGAUGUUUGGAGCCGGAACUGCGGGAACGGGAAUUGCCGACCAAUUUAGGGAUGCAGUAGCGGAAGGAGGCAAGAGUAAAGAGGAAGCGACUGCACAGGUCUGGUUGGUCGACAAGCCCGGCCUCCUCCUCAAAUCCCACGGCGAUCAGUUAACCACCGCACAAACUACCUACGCCCGCGAAGACGAAGAAUGGUCCUCUAAAGACACCAAGGACCUAGUGACAAUCAUCCGCGAGGUCAAGCCGCACGUCCUCAUCGGCUGCUCCACUCGCCCGAAAUCAUUCACGGAGGAAGUUAUAAAGGAGAUGGCAAAGCACGUGGAAAGGCCUGCAAUAUUCCCCCUCUCGAAUCCAACAAAGCUCCAUGAAGCGAGCCCGGAGGAUAUAUAUGCCUGGACCGAUGGAAAGGCGCUUGUGGCUACGGGGUCUCCUUUCCCGCCAGUUGAACAUAAUGGGAAGAAAUUUGACAUUGCGGAAUGCAACAACGCCACCGCCUUCCCCGGCAUCGGUCUCGGGUGUAUCCUCUCCCGCGCAACUCUGCUCAGCGACAAAAUGCUCGUCGCAGCAAUCGCCAGUCUCGCAGCACAAUCGCCAGCCCUAAAAAACCCUACCAGGCCGCUCCUGCCAGAUGUAGAGGACGUGAGAAGCAUCAGUGCGCAGAUAGCCUGUGCGGUUAUCAAGCAGGCGGUCAAAGAGGGCUUAAACAGGGUUAAAGACAUACCGGUGGACAACGAGGAGGAGCUUUUGGAUUGGGUGGGGGUGCAGAUGUGGGAUCCGGUGUAUAGGCCGUUGAAGAAGGUGGAUAAGAAUACUAGCUCAAGAGCUGCGAAGGGGGAGUUGGGGAUUGGGAGGUUGGGGGAGUAG